AACGUUUCAGUGCUAGAAAACCAUCACUGGCGAUCUACGAUCGGGAUGCUUCGAGAGUCGCGGCUCCUCGCCCACCUGCCCAAGGAGGUGACACAGGACAUCGAGCAGCAGUUGGGCUCCCUGAUCCUGGCAACAGACAUCAACAGGCAGAAUGAGUUUUUAAUCCGUCUGAAAUCUCACCUUGACAAUCAGGAUUUGAGGCUAGAGGAUGCACAAGACAGACAUUUUAUGCUUCAGAUCGCUCUCAAGUGCGCAGACAUUUGCAACCCUUGCCGGCUCUGGGACCUGAGCAAACAGUGGAGCGAACGUGUCUGCGAAGAGUUCUACCGGCAAGGUGAUCUGGAGCAAAAAUUUGAACUGGAAAUAAGUCCCCUUUGUAAUCAGCAGAAGGAUACAAUACCAAGCAUACAGAUUGGGUUCAUGACGUACAUCGUAGAGCCACUCUUUGAGAGGUGGGCCCAGUUCACAGGCGAUACCCCCCUGUCUGAAAAUAUGCUAAACCAUCUCAGGAGGAACAAGGCCAAGUGGAGGAGUUUGCUGCACAAGCAACACAGCAGUAGCAGGAGCAAUGACCACUCAGGUCAAGUAACUGGCAGCCAAGAACAGACUUUAAAUAAGGAAGAGGGCCCUUAGUGGCAGCUUUGCACUUUUCCUUAUAGCACUGCUAUCUCCGUCUUGAUCACAGCGGCAUCAAAACCCCGUGGAGCUAGAGGCCUGUUGUCAAGACUGUGGAAAGGGAAGGCGUGGCACAGCAGAAGCUGCAAGGGCCCUCGCCAACAAGCCCAGGGCUCUGCUGGGUUCCUUUCCAGAUCUCCUUC